AUGGCCAAACAUAAAAAAGACACUACCAUCCUCUCCAUCGCACGCGAGCUGAACGGAGCGACAUGGUGCGAAGAGUACGAGAAGAUGGUAUCUGGCAUGAACUACGACCAAUUCAACCCGGACAUCUUCAAAUCCCAACUCCGAACUCGCGAACUCGCCUUCGACUUCAACAAUCGCGAUCUACGUAUGGACGGGUACGUCGAGAAACAAAGGGAAACCCUCCAAAAGAUGCUGGGUAAGAUCGGACAGGGCACAUACAUACGAGCACCAUUUACCCCAGAUCACGGGUGUAACAUCGUCUUCGGAAGUAACUGUUUCGUGAAUUUCAACCUGACAAUUCUCGACACAUCUCUGGUCAUCAUCGGAGACCGCGUCACAUUCGGCACAAACGUAUCUUUGAUUACGGCAACACAGGAGACAAGCGUGCUUUCACGUAUGAAAUUUGUCGCUUAUGGACUUCCCAUACGGAUAGAAGACGAUUGUUGGAUCGGCGCAGGCGUCACUGUUCUGCCUGGAGUGACUAUCGGGCGUGGAAGUACGAUUGGGGCGGCGUCGGUCGUCACAAGGGAUAUCCCUCCGUACUCUGUUGCGGUUGGGAGUCCGGCGAGGGUGAUCAAGACUGUGCAGACGGUGGAAGAAGAGAGAGAAGAUCCUAGUAAUCCAUAUAGAGAUCUGCCCGAUAAGACGUUGGUAUGA